CUGUCUGCAUCGAGCAGCAGCAAAGAAGCUGAGGAAUUAAAGUAAGGUUACCUUAAUUAACGAUUUCUCAAGAUUUCUCCUCCUCUGAUAUCUGCAUCGAGCAGCUGGAGAGAAGCUGAGGAAUUAAAAUCAUCCCCGUUAUGGCAAUGACAAAUGCUAGUACUGCAACUUUGAUUGUCCCUCAGCUUCUAAAAAGGGGCAAUUAUAAGAGUUGGAACAUUUUCAUGGAAGACUAUUUGAUUUCUCAAGAGCUUUGGGAUGGUAUUAUUGUUCCAUUCAGCGCCGAUCAACAGCUGCUUAGCGAAUCUGAGUGGAGAAAAAGGAAUGCUGCCGCUCUGAAUGCCAUUAAGAUUUCAUGUGGACUAGAAAGUUUUGUUCGUAUAAAGUAUACCCGUUCAGCAAAAGAUGCUUUGGGCAUGUUAGCCGAAAUGCAUAAAACGGAACCUGAAAUUGAUGAAAGCACUCUAAAGGCAAGCAAUCCUCCGCUUUGGGUGGCAACUACGAUCGUCCCCGAACUUCUAGAAAGAGGCAAUUAUGAGAGGUGGAGCAUUUUCAUGAAGAACUACUUAGUUUCGCAAGAACUUUGGGUGGUUACUCAACGCAGGUUAAGGCCUCAUGGAGUUUCCAAAGGGGAGUGGAGAAAGAAGAAUGCUGCCGCUCUGCAUGCAAUUCAGAUUUCAUGCGGAGCAGAAAAUUUUAAUCACAUAAAGAAGAUCUGUCAGGCAGAAGAAGCCUGGUAUAAGUUGGAAAGAAUAGCUAUUGAAGAAGAAAUAUCAAAAGUAAAUAAUUCAGAACAUAAAGAAGAAGAGAAAGAAGAAGAAAAAUCUCUGAAGAUUACUACUGAACUUCUAGAAAGAGGCAACUAUAAGUGGUGGAGUAUGUUCAUGGAAAACUACUUAGUUUCUCAAGAUCUUUGGGUAGUUAUUCAACACUCGGUCAAGCCUAAUGGAAUUUCUAAAAGGGAGUGGAAAAAAAAGAAUGUUGCCGCUCUACAUGCAAUUGAGAUUUCAUGUGGAGAAGAAAAUCUUAAUCAGAUAAAGAAGAUCCGUUCGGCAAUAGAAGCUUGGAAUAAGUUGAAAAGAAUAAAUAUUGAAGAAGAGAAAUCAGAAACAGACAAUUCAGAACAUGAAGAAGAGGAAGAGGAAGAAGAAGAAGAAGAUGAAGAAGAAGAAGAAGAAGAAGAAGAAACUCCAAAGAUUAAUUCUACAAGUAUGAUUGUCCCUGAACUUCUAGCAAGUGACAAUUAUAAGAGAUGGAGCAUCUGUAUGAAAAGCUAUUUAGUUUCCCACGACCUUUGGGAUGCUGUUGUAUACAGUUGGGCGCCAGCUGGAGUUGAUACAAAGGAGUGGAUUAAAAAGGAUGCCACCGCUCUGCAUGCAAUUCAGAUUUCAUGUAGACCAAAAAAAUUUGAUGAAAUUGAGAAGAUCACUUCCGCUAAAACUGCUUGGAAUACCUUGAAGCAAAAACAUAAAGAAAAGCAUCCAGAAGAUAUUCCUUUCCCUGAUUUUCUUCAUUCAAUGGCAGUUCUAGGUUUGCCACCUCUUAUUCUCUAUCAUCAUUUUUUUUUUUUUUUGCAGUGUGUUUUGGAUUCUACUACGAUAGUUUUUUCUGUUAUAGACUUAGUGCCCUUAAGGUGCAAUUAAUACUUUUUUUUUUAAUUUUAAUUUUUCGUAUUAAAAGUAACUUCAAGGCCAUCUUUGGUUAAGGUGGGAAACUUUUCCUCUUAUUCUCUCCUUGUAUUUUUUAGGGCUAAUUUAGUAUGUUUGGUUAGGGUGGAAACUUGUGUCUGUCUUUUCUCUUGACAUAGAGUCAUUAUACAUGCCCUUUAUUUCU